AUGCCUAGAUUGUACAGUCCAGAGGAGGAGUGGCCCAAGUCAGAGAAAACAGACGUUGAAUCAUCUGCAAUGGAACCCUUUUAUAAGCGUCAAUCUACUUACUUCGCGUUGAUCAACUCCCUGUCUGAGACUUUUCUCAAGCCCGACAAACCCUCUACUUUGGUUAACAUACAGGACUACUCGUUCUUCCGCUGUGAUAGGCUACCUGCAACUAAAGGAGGUGGUGGAGCUGCCCUGUAUGUGCACAAUUCCCUAAGAAGUAAGCUUGUGAGCUGUUUAGUUCAGGGUGAAGCUUAUUCGAAGAAACCUGAAUUUUUACUAGUUGAGAUCCAGACUGCUUUGGAAAAAUUUCUCUGCGCCACUGUUUACAAUCCCCCCAAGGCUGGCUUUUGGUCUGAGGUUGAAGAAGCAAUCAUGAAUUGCAACUCAUCUUUUGACCAUCUUAUUUUGAUGGGUGAUUUAAAUCUUGACUGGCAUGUCAAGUCUACAAGCGUGACUAUUUUCAAGGAGUCUCUUCAAGUACUAGGACUCCACCCUGUUUCUUAUGGUCCCACACACCAUACUGAAAACUCCAGCUCAACCAUUGACUAUAUAUGCUUAUCUGAGCAAGUAGACAUCGAAAGCUUCUUUCAGUUUGAGGUAUUUUCUAUCUCUAAGCAUGAUGCCAUCUUUGUCAAACUGAAACAUGUUGUACCUUCUGCUGAUGCUUCAGUUAUCACUCGCCGUAAUUUCAAGUCUUUUAAUCGUGAUGAGUUUCGAGAAGACUUAAUUGCUGCUUUAAAAAAUAUUAACCCUGAUGGAUUCCCAGAGCACAAAGUGGCUGCUCUGACUACAGCACUUUCUAGCCUCUAUGAUAAGCAUGCACCCUAUGAAACAGUUACAAGGAAACGCAGGCCAUUACCCUGGAUAACUCCACAUCUCAAGUGCAAGUGUACCUCCCAACAGUGGAAAGUGAUCAACGACCUAGGCCUCACAAAAAAAUCUGAUACUCCUAAAGUGAACAUCCCGUUUGACUUGGAUGUUGCCAAUCGUCACUUUGUUGGUAAAACCAGCGUCAAUCCUCUGUUCGACGUACGUCGUGGUAUUUUUCUAAGAAUUGAUCCGGAUCAAAGGUUUUAUUUUCGCCAUGUGACUUUUGACGAUGUACGUACGGCUAUCUUGUCAGCACGUUCCAAUGCCAUGGGUUCUGAUGGGAUACCUCUCUGCUAUUUUAAUAGUCACGUUGAUCUCCUGGCAACAACACUAAUGAGUAUAUUUGAUGCUUCUUUCCAAUCCAGUACGUUUCCGGAGGCCUGGAAAAUUGCUCUUGUUCGGCCUAUGCCUAAGAAAUCUGGUGCCAAGGACUUAAAAGAUUUUCGACCUAUAAGUAUCCAGCCAGCUUUAAGUAAAAUCUUUGAAUUUAUAGCCUAUAAACAACUCAUGGAGUAUAUUAAUUCUCGCGACUUACUAUGUACUAAUCAAUCUGGGUUUCGUGCUGGCCAUAGCACGCAGUCUGCUCUCACUAAAAUAGUUGACGAUAUUCGGGAAUUCUCUGACAAUCAUGAAAUUACGUUACUGGUCUCUAUUGAUAUGUCACGCGCCUUUGACGCUGUAAACAUUAACUUACUCUGCGAAAAGCUUGUAUCUUUCGGACUGUCUGACUCAGCUUGCAACUGGAUAAGAUCCUACCUAACUGGUAGGUCCCAGAUCGUAAUUGACUCUGAAGGACGUGCUUCAAAACCGUCUUUAAGAGUAAGUGGAGUCCCGCAAGGCUCAAUAUUAGGGCCGUUGCUCUUUUCAUUAUUUAUAAAUGAUCUCCCAGAUGUCUGCGACUGCUCGUAUCAUCUAUAUGCUGAUGACUUCUGCUUCUAUGUGCAUGGCCCAUUGUCUCAAGCCCACGAAGUUGUUGAUAAGGCUAAUCGUAUACUGGACAAUAUAUGGGUCUGGUCUGACACCAAUGGGUUGUACACAAAUCCUGAGAAGUCGCGUGCAGUUUGGUUGGGUACACGAGGAACACAAGCCAAGCUCUCCAAUUUAGCUAUUCCUGACAUCAAACUUAAAAACUCUGUCAUAGUGCCCAGUGAUACCAUGAAACUCCUGGGUGUAACUCUGGACUCCAACCUUACGUUUAGGCCUCAUACCAUUGAGGUAGCUAAACGAUGUUUUUCUGCCCUUGCAAGACUACGAAGGAAUGCCUACUUCUUACCAGUGAAAACUAAGCUUAUGCUAGUCAAGUCGUUAGUCUUCUCUAUUCUCGAGUACUGCCCUGCUUUGCAGCUUGGUUUGUCUAGUGAAUUAAAAACUAAGCUAAAAAUUCCCAGUACAAAGAACGCCGAGCACCGAGUUGCUGAAAUGUCAGGUAAAACGACUUUUCCUCUUUAUCCAACCCUGCACUGGAUAUUUCUACGAAUUAUUAAUUUCCUCAGGAUGUGCUUUCCUCCAAGCCCUUCAUCACCCGUUGCCAGAGCCGCUUCCCCACAGAACGGGCCAUUAAAUAGUGAGAACCAGGGGGAGGACCCGGCAUCUGCCGCGGAGGACCCAUCAGUUCCGGGACCACCGAUUGAGGAGCCCUUUCCAGUGGCGGAUCCACCCCCUGCACCCACGUUUGUCGCGACCAGUGCCUGUGGUCCAGGGGCCGCUGAACUCGGAUGGGUCCUUCGGGGGGCUGAUCAACAGGUCCGCCACGUGAAAAUCACCUUCCUGGGGGUCCCUGACAACGCUUGGUCAUGCCUGAACUGCCAGGUGGGAGUUCCAGAUGGAUGGACAUUCCAUGUGGGCGAAAUCCUGCGUUGGUGGGCGUUGAUGGGAAUGCUGACCGGGUGUUGGUCGUAUCGACUCCCCUAUAUGGGCAACCGAGUACUGAUUCUGAGGGGGUUCGUAUUCAAUACCCUAUGA